CAAGUGGAAGCAAUUUGCAGGACAAGAAAAACUUGUUUUCCUCCUCCAGUGGAAGCAAUUUGGACAAAACUUUCAAAAGUUUUUCUUCAGGAAGUGGUGCGGGUUUAGCAGGUCUUGCUGGUUCAACACCAGUUAGUGAAAGUUCCUAUUCCAAGUUUCCUGGUUCUGUCGAAAAAGAACUUUUUACAAAGAAAAGUGAAGAAUUUUCUAAAGUCAUCAAAGAGUACAAAAGCACUUCCAGAAAUUCUGAGUUGCUAUCAGAAGAGAAACGCGAAGAACGAUAUUCCAGUUCAAGUGGAGAUCCGAUUCCAGUAAGACCAGUUAUAGAUCCAGUUGGAUCUUUUGGGGAAGUUCUAGCUUCUACCGGAACCGGAGCAACAAAAUUCGGCACAGAUACUGGAUUUUCCGGUACGACAACCGGAAUUUCAACCAGCACCAGUACAAAUUCAACAACCAAUAACGUCAGUGCAAAAUUGCCCAGAGUACAAAAUCCGACGAUUACUUUGUUGCAGAAGGCAAGAGCAGAAGGGCAGUUGCCCAAGGGCGCGAGUUAUUUGGAAGAGACCUCAAAAAUUCCAAAAGAACAAAGUCCGGGUGGCUUGUCGCCCGGAGAAAUUACAGUCUAUUCCCUGAAGAAAGAAUAUACAGAACCUGUGCCUGAACCUAAGGUCAAAAAGAUGGCCGAUUUAGGCCCUAGGAAAUUCGAAGGGAUUGGCCCUACGACCAAGGAUGGAAUGCCAAUUGUACUUAGAUCUGAAGUGAAAGAAAACAAUCAAGCGAAAUGGUACAAACGAAUGUACGACACGAUACACAAAAGUCCGAACGAUGAUUUUGUCACAGUACGAUACAAAACUCGAAGAGUUCUGUGGCCGCCCGCAGGUCGCUACCCGCACUACUCGUCCUGCUCCAGGCCUGGUUCGAGUCUCGGGAGAUCAGUUGCAGGAGCAGAACAAAGAGGUCAGGCCAACGGUUAUGCGAGCGAACCCGAACCUGCUCUCGGUUACGAUUCGGAUUAUUACGAGGACAGAGGCGGAGCAGGGUUCAGGAGCAGCAGUCGGACUGAUAGCAGAUAUGAACAAAGUGUUUAUAAAAAUCAGCCUGGCAGGAUCGAAGACUACACACCAGGUUGCAGUUCUUUGGCAGAACGAGAAACAAAACAGUGGUGGGAUGAAGUAAUGGACAUAUUUGACGGGCAUCUCGAGCAGCAAAAAUAUGCGACGACCACCAAUUCCAAAUCUUAUGGACAUUUAUCAAGGGCUUUGCAAGAACAAGGUUACGAAAGCGAUUCCCAAUUACUAAGACGCCGAAAUGGAGAAAUGUCGUCACCAGCUGCUCCUCUAAGUCCUCCUCAGCAACGGGAGGCCUAUAGAAACCUCCAGGCUGGAGGCGAUGCUCCUAUACAAGGAUUCCGAAAACCUGCUCCUGAGCGCCCGAAAGACCCUGAAGUGCCUCCACCGCCGCCACCAAAAGGCCAGCCAAUUGGAGGACAAUACAGACCAGAAUCUCCAUAUCGGUACGUGGACGGCGAGGUGACCAUACACUACAGGUCGCCUGUGAGAAGAGAGGCCCUUGACGCCUGGUCAGAGGAGGAAUUGGCCAGGCGACAGGCCGAGGCAAUGCGCAUCAGGCACAAGGAGGAGAGGCGAAGGAAAUAUCUACUGGAAUUGCAAGACAUGAACAACCGUCGCCACGCCGACAAUUUCACGCCUGACCAGAAAUCUCCGAUUCCUUUGAAUCGUUUUGACGAUUUUGUGGGUGCAGAGCCGACGAUAACGAACGAGCUGAAAAAUCGACCAGAGAGACGAAUCGUUGCCAGGGCUUUGUACAAUUUCCAGGGUCAAUCUGCUCGCGAAUUGAGUUUCCGCAAAGGCGACUUGAUCUAUGUCAGGAGACAACUGGACAGAAAUUGGUAUGAGGGUGAACACAAUGCUGCGGUAGGGAUGUUUCCAUAUAAUUAUGUCGAGAUUUUGCCCCAUGAUGGCAUACGCCAAGUGCAACGCAAACCUGUCGAAGGCCAAGCAAGGGCCAAAUUCAAUUUUAUCGCCCAAACCAAUUUGGAGUUAUCUUUACUGAAGGGCGAAUUGGUCACGUUGACUAGAAGGGUUGAUGAAAAUUGGUUUGAAGGUCGUAUAAACAACAAACGAGGCAUAUUCCCAGUAUCCUACGUCGAAGUCCUCGCAGACAUCGGCAGUGCUUCCUCGCUGCCAGCCCUGGACACCGCCAAACCAGUGGCGUCCCCGGCAGCCCAUUCUCUGAUGACGAACGGUGCGAGACACCAGAGCAUGGGCGCACAUCAUUACGUGCCGCCGCCCUGUCCAGGAAUCGGGCACUUGGCUGGUUCUACGGGAAAUGUUAAGACGACGAGGCCGACUUCCAUUGAAAAUACUCUGACUGUUGAUACUCAUACGGAACCAGUGGCAUAUCGUGCUCUGUACAAGUACAAACCUCAGAAUUCUGAUGAAUUGGAGUUGGCCGAAGGUGACAUUGUUUAUGUUUUAGAGAAAUGUGAUGAUGGGUGGUAUGUUGGGUCUUCGCAACGUACAGGUUGCUUUGGAACUUUCCCUGGAAAUUACGUGGAAAAAAAUUAAGCGAGGUAAAACCAAAUACGCAACUAAACUAAAUAUUUAAUUUUAUCAAUUUUGGAAAAAGUUGCGUACGAAAUUUUAUUGAAAAAUUUGUUUUUAUUGUUACAGAGUUUUAAUUAA